AUGCCACCCAAAAUCCUGUGCGUAGCAGAAAAGCCGGCCAUAGCCAAAGCCGUGGCUCAGCAUCUUUCUGGCGGACCCAUCAACACUCAUCACGUCAAUGGCAACCGUUACGUCAAGAACUACGAGUUCUCUUUCAACUUCCGAACAUGGGGAAACUGUGCUGUGGUCAUGACUAGCGUACUGGGACAUCUAACAUCGCUGGAAUUUGAUGAGCAGCACCGUAAAUGGAACUCGUGUCAGCCGAGGGAUCUCUUCGAGGCGCGCACACAGAUCAACAUCGACUCCGACAAGAAGUCCAUAGCGAAGAACAUUCAAGACCAAGCUCGCUAUGCAAGAACUCUCUUCAUCUGGACAGAUUGUGAUCGUGAAGGAGAGCACAUCGGCACCGAGGUCGUCAAUGAGGCCAUCAAGGGCAAUCCGAAUAUCGUCGUCAAACGAGCAAGGUUCAGCAACACCGAAAGGAAUCAUGUCAUACAAGCCGCCCACAAUCCUAUCGAGCUUGACGAGCGUGCUGCAAAAGCCUUCCCGACGCUUGGCUUCGUCGUCGAUCGCUACCAUCGCGUACGGAACUUCAAGCCGGAAACAUUUUGGCUGAUUAAGCUGAUGCACAAGAAGGAUGGGAUCCAGGUCAACUUCAACUGGCGACGAGGACAUUUGUUCGACAGGGCCACUGUGACAAUCCUGUUCGAAAUGUGCCUGGACGCAAAACUGGCGAAGAUCACAAAAGUUGGCACCAGACCUACCUCCAAGUGGCGACCUUUGCCGUUGACCACUGUCGAGCUCCAAAUGCAGGGCAGUCGCUUUCUCCGAAUGAGUGGUCAGGAAAUCAUGAAAGUGGCUGAGACGCUCUAUCAGAAGGGCUGGAUAAGUUAUCCGAGAACUGAGACAGAUCAAUUUUCUCGAGACUUUGACCUGCAGAGUUUCAUACGGAAACAGAUUCCAGACUCCAACUGGGGCGCAUAUGCACAGCAACUCAUCAACGGCGCGUUCCGUACGCCAAGGUCUGGCAGAAACAACGACCAAGCUCAUCCUCCCAUUCACCCUGUCAACUACGUCGUGCCGACAUCACUUAGCGCCAACGAGAAGAAGGUGUACGAGUUCGUCGUUCGCCGCUUCCUUGCUUGCUGUUCCGAGGACGCCAAGGGUCAAGCAACCGAGAUUGAGCUUGAAUGGGGUGGCGAGUCAUUCCAUACCAAGGGCCUGCGGGUAUUGGAACGGAACUACCUCGACGUCUACCCGUACGACAAGUGGGAGGACAGUCAACAAUUGCCGACGUUCACCCUCAACGAGACCUUCCAACCGACGGAGGCUAAGAUGGUAGACGGCAAGACUACGCCGCCAAAUUACUUGACUGAACCUGAACUGAUUGGCCUGAUGGAUGCCAAUGGCAUUGGCACUGACGCAACAAUGGCAGAACAUAUCCAGAAAAUCCAAGAUCGGCAGUAUGCCUCUGUGCGUUUGCGAGGUACCGGGCGGACGCAAGUCCGCGAGUUCAUCCCGACAACGCUGGGUGUUGCCUUGAUUGAAGGCUACGAUAAUGUGGGGCUCGACGUCAGUGUCAGCAAGCCAUUCUUGCGCAAAGAAAUGGAGCUCAAGAUGAAGGCGAUCUGUGACGGCGGAAAAACGAAAACGGAGGUGGUCCAAGAAAGUAUCGAGCAAUAUCGGGAAGUCUUCGUUCUCACUCAGCGGAGGAUCGAUGUCCUCAAACAGUCUGUACUGAAAUAUGUGGUCAACAACGGCCAAACAUGA